GGUUCUCCAGAGCCCGCGAUCUACAAUCAGGCCAUAUUUGCGACAAGUUAGGCAAAUGCCUCUAGUGUGGGCGAGUAGGCCAUUGGACCGCCAACCCCCCCCCCCCCCCCCCCACAGAGGUCGACCCCGGGUAAAGCCCCAUCGAAGGAGGGUACAGUAUCUUUUUAUAACCCCUCACCCGUUAAUAGGUAGGUACGUUUAGGUAUACUAGCGAAGAGCGGGCUUUAAUUUUUUUGGUCUUUUUUUUUGUUUUAAUAAUUUUCUUUUUCUGUUAUAGCUAGCUCGAGGGCCGGACACGGGAACUUCUUCUUCUGCCAAGGAGAAUGGGGAGGAUAACCAAAAUCGAGUAUUUCCGCCUCCCACCGCGGUGGCUGUUCGUCAAGAUCGUGGACGACACCGGCUGCUACGGUUGGGGUGAAGCUUCCUUGGAAGGCCAUACGCAAGCCGUGGAAGGUUGUCUAGAUGCUUGGGCGGAAAAAUAUGUAGGAUACGAGGCAGACGAUAUUGAGCAUAUAUGGCAGCUGUCGUAUCGCGGAGGUUUUUACCGAGGAGGACCCGUUCUCAUGAGUGCCUUGAGCGGGAUAGACAUUGCACUGUGGGAUUUGAAAGCUCGGAGACUAAACGUUCCAAUACAUCAGCUGCUGGGUGGCAAAGUCCGAGAUAAACUCCGCGUAUACGCAUGGAUAGGGGGUGACCGCCCGAGUGACGUAGAGACGCAAGCAAACGUCCGAAAAGCACAAGGUUUUAACGCCGUCAAGAUGAACGGCACCGAGGACCUAGGAUGGCUAGACUCUCCUCGGAAACUCGAAGAAUGCGUGGAACGUGUUAAAAUAGUGAAGGCUUUAGGCCUCGACGUGGGGGUCGAUUUCCAUGGACGAAUCCACAAGCCGAUGGCAAAGCAAUUAGUUUCCAAGCUGGAACCUUACAACCCCCUUUUCAUCGAGGAGCCCUUGCUGUCUGAGAACAUCGGGGGUAUUAAAGAUAUCGCUGCCCGUACGCACUGUCCUAUCGCGCUUGGCGAGCGGCUACACAACAGAUGGGACGUAAGACCGUUCUUGGAAGCUGGGUGUGUUGACAUAUUGCAGCCUGAUAUCUGCCACGUUGGAGGGAUAUCCGAGAUGCGCAGAAUUGCAGCUGCCUGCGAGACGUAUGAUGUUGCACUGGCACCGCAUUGCCCUUUAGGGCCUAUCGCGCUGGCAGCUAAUAUCCAAGUUGACGCUGCAACCCCGAACUUCGUCAUCCAAGAGAUGAGCCUCGGUAUUCACUACAACGUCGGUGGACAGGAUCUGACGAGCUACACGCUAAAUCCCGAGGUUUGGAGGGUCACUGAUGGUUAUAUCGACUUAAUGAGCGGACCGGGCCUUGGUAUUGAUAUUGACGAGGUACAGGUACGGACCUUGUCAAGGGAUACAAAAGCGUGGGUGAGCCCAAACUUCUCCGGUCCAGGGGGUGAAUUGAGGGAAUGGUAAUGAUCAAUCUACUGCGAAGGUCUUCUAUUUUGACUGCAUUGCGUUCAGGUAGUUGCUUUAUACCCUGCCCUUAGGUAGUUUUAGACAGAUAUAGAUCAUGAGUUACCCUAUACGAUACAUUUAUCGAGUGUAGGCGCCCCUUCGUCUCCAAUACUCCUAUUUACCUG